AUGUAAAUUUGUAUGCAUGUUCAUGUUCGGGUGAACCUGAGUGCGGAGGAUCCACAAAAAUCGGGUCUGUUGGAAAAAAAAGAGUCAUGUGCAGUUAGUUUACUGUCUGAAUGCUACUGUACCGGCAAGUCAUGCAGGUUGUGUGAAGGUGCAUAUGUGUGUGGGAGUCGUUCUCCUGGGUUAGGAUUAUGUUGGAUGGAAAGGUAGUGGAGCUCAUAAAGGAAUGGAGGGGGUGGCCUUGUUAGUGGACAUGCGAAUCUUUACUAUUCUUUUAGUGUGCCAUUACAUUUCAUCUCAAAAAUCCGAACCGUGCGCUUGCUUUUUAGAUGCUGCGGCUGGUAGGGAUCUAUAUCUUUUUUUGAUUUGGGCGAUAUUUUGGGAAGCUAGUUUGUAUGCAAGCAACAGUUGGCUGCCUGAAGCCUCUGUACAGAACUUCUGAAAUGCUGCAUGUGGCACUUUUAUAGUCUUGGUAUCGCCAAAUAAUGGUUAAUAUGAUGGAUAACGAGCCAUCAAGUGAAUUAGAAUUGGAUGAACCAUUAGGGAGAGUGCCAAUACUUUCCUAUGGUUCUGGGCACAUGCUAAAUGAUAUCACAUCAUCUUGUUGGUUUACAUAUUUGCUGGUAUUCUUGACUGAUGUAGGACUUAGUCCAAGUGAUGCUGCUGUUGUCAUGCUUUCUGGUCAAUUGGCGGAUGGCUUUGCAACAAUCUUUGUUGGUGAACUGAUUGAUCGUUUUGGACAUUUCAAACUGUGGCAUGCAGGAGGAUCUAUUCUAGUAGCAAUUUCCUUCUCAUCUGUUUUUGGUAGUUGUUUGCCUUGCAAACUCAUGGGAACUAAUUCAUCUACCCUGGAGACUGUUGGAUACAGCACAUUUGCCUCUAUUUUUAAUGUUGGUUGGGCAGUUGCUCAAGUCUCUCACAUGUCAAUGGUGAACUGCAUGACAUCAAACCCUACAAGUCGGGUUGCACUAGUGAGCUGUCGCAAUGCCUUCACGAUGAUCGCGAAUCUUAGCUUGUAUGGUAUUGCUUUGCUGAUAUUUAGUCUACUGCAGUCAGUGAGCGUCAUAGUUCAGUAUCGGUGGAUUGCUUAUGUAUCAAUUUCAAUCGGGUCUUGUUUUGUUGCCGCCUUCUUGAUUGGAACAAAAGAACCAGUGUUAAAUCAACCUUCUCAGAAUAAGAGCCUCUCCAGAAUUUCAUGGGCCCACUGGUUCAAGAAAGUAUUGUACUACCAAGUUGCUCUAGUCUACAUGUUCACUAGAUUGGUGACCAAUGUUUCCCAGGCGUUUCUUGCUUUCUACGUGAUAAAUGAUUUGGGAAUGCACCAAUCUUCUAAAGCAUUGGUACCUGCUAUUAUCUAUGUCUGCAGCUUGAUAGUAUCUGUCAUGUUACAGGAGACUAGAUGGUCCAGUAGGCGUCUCAAAUGUUACUUCUCGGCUGGAGCAAUGCUUUGGAUAUUGUCUGGUGUUGGAAUUGUUUUUUUACCAAGCAGAAUGCACAACUUCAUGUAUGCGCUGUCAAUCACAAUAGGAGCUGCCAAUGCACUUAUGACAGUUACAAGUAUCAGCAUGGAAGGUGUUUUAGUAGGAGCAGAUCUAAAUGGUUGUGCUUUUGUGUAUGGAUCCUUAAGUUUUCUUGACAAAGUGUCAUGCGGCAUAGCUCUGUAUAUUCUCGAAUCCUAUCAAGGAAGUACCAAGAUCAGCACCAAUCACGAAUCAUCGGUUGGCUAUUCACUUACGAGGCUUGGUUUGGGGCUAGUACCAGCUGUCUGUUCGCUGCUUUCAGCCAUGGUAGCUUAUACCAUGGACCUCCCUGACACUCGGCGAAGACUUCUAGUGGAGCCUCUUCUUGGGUAACUUUGCUGGUAGCACUUGCACUGUAGGCCUUCAAUCAUCAGUCCUGUACAUGUUAGUUGAAGCUACUAACAACCAUAUAGGCACCUAUACUGUACAAAUUCAGAGACAUGACCGAUGCACCUAUACUGUAUAAAGUCUUGAUAAAUUAGAUGACGGGCAGAGAAAAUUGUAUACUCAGCAACGCGUUGAGUAUAAACCAAAAGUAGCGCAGGAGUAAAACCCUGCUAUUGGUCAUACUUAAUUCUGUGAAUUAUCUCCAGUACCUCAUAGUUGUAAGUGUAGUCUACCCAUAUUGUUCAGAUCAUGCACAGCUUGUACGCAUAUAUUCAUUCUGAUUUCGUAAUCCUUGUGGCAUA